AUGGGUCUUUUACAGGACCUUGGGAACCCGCUCCUUGAGAGCUUCUCGCAGCUCGGAACAUGGUCGCAGGCCGGCAUCGUCAUCGCCACCCUCCUCUUCAGCACCGUCUUCCUCAAUGUCCUCCAGCAGGUGCUCUUCAAGAAUCCCAACGAACCCCCUAUGGUCUUCCACUGGUUCCCUCUUAUCGGCAGCACCAUCACGUAUGGCAUGGACCCGCCGCGCUGGUUCAAGGAAACCAGAGCAAAGUACGGAGACUGCUUCACCUUCAUCCUCCUCGGCAAGAAGACAACCGUCUACCUCGGCACCCAGGGCAACGAGUUCAUCCUUAACGGCAAGAUCCGCGACGUCAACGCUGAGGACAUCUACUCGGUCCUCACAACCCCCGUGUUUGGCAAGGAUGUCGUAUACGACUGCCCCAACGCUAAGCUCAUGGAACAGAAGAAGUUCAUGAAAAUUGCGCUCACCACCGAGGCUUUCCGCUCCUAUGUUCCUAUCAUCUCGGGCGAGGUCUCCAACUACUUCAAGCGAAGCCCCGAUUUCAAGGGCAAGUCGGGCGUCGUCAACAUCUCCCCCAAGAUGGCCCAGAUUACAAUCUUCACGGCCUCGCAUUCGCUGCAGGGCAAGGAAAUCCGUGACCAGUUUGACGAGACUCUGGCCGACCUCUACCACGACCUGGACAUGGGCUUCUCCCCCAUCAACUUUCAGCUUCACUGGGCCCCGCUUCCGUGGAAUAAUCGCCGUGACCAUGCCCAGAGAACCGUGGCCAAGAUCUACAUGGACACUAUCAAGGCGCGCCGCGCGCGUGGCGGCGAGACGGACGCCCAAGACAUCAUGUACCACCUGAUGAACUCGACGUACAAGAACGGCGUCAAGGUUCCAGACCACGAGAUCGCCCACAUGAUGAUUGCGCUCCUCAUGGCCGGCCAGCACUCUUCGUCGUCGACCAGCGCAUGGUGCAUGCUUCGCCUCGCCUCGCAGCCCAAAAUUAUGGACGAGCUCUACGAGGAGCAGGUCAGGGUCCUCGGCGCUGACCUCCCGGACCUGCAGUACGAGGACCUGGCCAAGCUGCCCCUGAACCAAGCAAUUAUCAAGGAGACUCUCCGCCUGCACGCCCCCAUCCACACGAUUCUGCGUGCCGUCAAGUCGCCCAUGCCAGUGCCGGGCACCAAAUUCGUUGUCCCCACUAGCCACAACCUGCUCGCCGCGCCGGGCGUGACCUCGUCGGACCCGCAUUACUUCCCGAACCCUGAGGUAUGGGAUCCCCACCGCUGGAGCGCCGACUCUCCCAACGCGCCGGCUAUGGUCAAGUCGUACGAAGAAGAGGAGAAGAUCGAUUACGGCUACGGCCUGGUCAGCAAGGGUGCCUCGUCUCCUUACCUACCCUUUGGCGCGGGGAGGCACCGGUGCAUUGGCGAGCAAUUCGCCAACGUGCAGCUCCAGACAAUUGUGGCCAUGACGGCGCGGCACUUCCGGUUCCGCAAUGUCGAUGGCAGCGACAAGGUCAUUCGCACGGAUUACACGUCGCUGUUCUCGCGGCCUCUGGAGCCGGCCAUGAUUCACUGGGAGAGACGGGGUGAAUGA